AUGCCAAACUUCACCUUGUUCAACGAAGAGGACCCCCAUACUUCAUCAGUUGAGCACAUAGGCAGGUUCUCUGUCCAGUGCAUAGCCAUUGAGAACAACCUUCUUUUGAAGCUAAGACCUUUCGGGAAUUCUCUUUCUGGACAAGCUUUCACCUGGUAUACCAGUCUGCCAGCCAAUUCUGUUCAGACUUGGGAGCAAAUGGAAAAUGUUUUCCAUGACUAUUAUUACAGGAUUCAGCCAGAAGUCACCAUCAGUGAUCUUGCUGCCCUCAAGCAGAGUGAAAAUGAACCUGCCCAAGAUUUCAUAACUAGGUUCAAAAAGCUCAAAAUGAAGUGUCGGAUCCCCAUGGAAGAAAGACACUUCAUCCAGAAGGCUUAG